ACGCCGGCCGCCUUAUCAUUCGGCGGGCGAGUGCGCGCGGCGCGCCAUCGAUUUUUCCACCAAACAGCCCAUUUUCCAUCAUCAGUGACAUUACAAACACGUUUCAAACAAUACAAGUGUUUAACUAAUUUAUUGUUGUAAUAAGAAAUGUGAUUUCCCGCGUAAAUUAUGCGCCACUACCCGCGGACAGAAAAUUAUGGCCGCUCAAAAUAAAACUGAAAGCGGGUCGGAAGAAAUGCCGGAGGCGGACGCCAACGCCGAGCAGAAGGAGCGGCUUAUAGCCUCCGUCAAGAAGGAGGUCAAACAGCUCAUGGAAGAGGCUGUCACCCGCAAAUUCGUUCACGAAGAAAGUGGUGGGGUAACAGCACUUUGCGGCGCGGUAGAGGCCUGCCUCGGUCAGGGACUGAGGCGACGAGCCCUAGGACUCUUCAAGACCAGCUCUACUACCGCUUUACUUCACAAGAUUGCCAAGCAUUGUCCGGAAGCGGCGCUAGUGUCGGCCAGGGUGCUGGCGGCGGAGGGUGCGCCGGCGACGCGCUCGGCCUCGGGCGUGGAGCGGCGACCUUCUGCGCCGCGACCCCCACUCAACAAGCGGGGCUCUGGUUCGCUACUCUCACAAGCUCCUCCACAGUCCAGAUACCUCUGGAUUCGGAUCGCGUUAUUCGAACGUCAAUUGGCCAAAAUAAUCGAGCACUUGGUCAGCAACGCGACGCGUUACUACGAGCGAGACGCGCUUGUGGCCGACCCUGACUACGGGAGCAUUCUCAGCUCACUCCUCGUGGGUCCUUGUGCCCUGGAGUACUCCAAGGCGAAGGCUCCAGCGUCCUUCUGGAGUGACCCACCGGCUGAUGAAUUAGUACAAAGACAUCGCAUGUCAGCAGGGACGACCACGCCGCCCUCUGUGCGGCGACCCAUCCUGAACUUCAGGAGGAGCCUCAACGCGUCUUCCGACGAUAGCGGCUCUGUAAAUACAGGUGGAAGCAAAGCUGUGGGAUCCAGUGCCAAAGACUACGUGGAGAGUUUGCACCAAAACUCAACCGCUACUUUGCUGUAUGGCAAGAAUAAUGUUAGAGUGCAACCAAAAGAUGUUGAAGAGCCGAUGCCAGGCUACUUGAGUCUGCAUCAAACUGCCGCAGGGCUGAUCAUCAAAUGGACGCCGAACCAGCUCAUGAAUGGCUACGCGGAGAGUGAAGGCAUCGAUAAAAGUCGAUGUAGCUUUCGCUGCCACCGCGUACAUUCGUCCGCCUGCCAAAACACCCGUGUCUUGUACAGCAUGGCCCCUGAGUGCACUGUGUAUAGAAGGAGAUGCUCAGGCCCUCUUUGCUUCGAUUGCGUAUACUGGGCCAUGUCGCUGCAAGUGUGCGUGUGGGAGGUGGUGUACGUGCACGUGCACCGCUCGCGCGCCAGCGACGCGCUCAUCCUCGUGGGGCAGGACGGCGUCCAGCGCCCGCCCAUACACUUCCCUAAAGGUGGUCACUUGCUGUCUUUCCUCAGUAACCUGGAGACUGGGUUAUUACCUCACGGACAGUUGGACCCCCCGUUGUGGUCACAAAGAGGAACGGGAAAGGUAUUUGGUCGUGGUAAAGCUCGUCGCCGCCCAAUGCCAAGCCUCUGCGAAAGUGGAGAAACAGAAGAAGCCGAGUGGGAAGAAGUUGCUGGAGACUAUGUGUUCCGUAUUGUGAACAAUGCUAUUACCGACAGGGAAGCAAUGCGUCACUCGCUGCUGGAGCGGCUGGUGUCGUCUCCCCCGCGCACCCCGCGCCGCCCGCUGGCCUCCACCUCCACCACAUCCUCAGACUCCUCCACCAUGUCCGUGGACUGCCCCCCCUCCGCCGGCCUCAACGGACACGCCCCGCCGCUGCCGCUGCUGGCGCCGGCGCCGGUGGAACAGCCAGCGUCAAUAGAGCUGGUGUGCAGUACGAUGCGGCGGCAGAUCAUCUCGCGCGCGUUCUACGGCUGGCUCGCGUACUGCCGCCAUCUGUCGACCGUCAGGACGCAUCUCAGCGGCUUGGUGCACCCCAACAUUGUUCCAAGAGAAGGUUCAGAAUCAGGACUAACAGAAGAAGUUUGGCGGUCAAUGACAGAUGACAAAGGCGUCGUCACCGACAAAGAUGAGGUAUAUAGGCUGGUCUACUACAGCGGAGUACAGCACGAGAUACGGAGAGAGGUGUGGCCGUAUCUCUUGGGAUAUUACGAAUUCGGGUCGACAGCAGAAGAACGGGCCGAGCAAGACGCAGCAUGCAGAAGACAAUACGAAACGACGAUGUCUGAAUGGCUAUGUGUUGAGGCUAUAGUGAGGCAGCGGGACAGAGAGGCCACGGCGGCGUCCAUUGCAAGACUUUCAGAGGCUGCGGGGAAACCCAAACCGGUGGAGGUAUCGGAACCUAUUGAGGUGUUUGAAGAUGACUGUAGUGUUAUAUCAGAUAAUCCACCAAUAAUUUCUCCUGAACCAAGUGAAAUGGAACAGAAGAAACCUGAUACUAAACCAGUGUUAUCAAGAGCACCGAGCAUAGACGAAGUAGACAAUAUCGAAAUGGAUUCGGAGGAAAGAGACAAAGAAGCUAAACUUAAUGGAGAGACUGAGACGGGUGAUAAUAGAGAUGUAGAUAUAGACAGUCUGAAAGACUUGGAUGAUGACGAAGAAGUGCACGUCAAAAGUGUCGUGGAUAAUCCUGAUAUGAGGCGUGAGAGUAUAGCGGAAAUUAAGAGGUUAGCUGAAGGUAUUGUUCAAAAAGGAGAUGGGAGGGGGUUACUUUGUAGCGUUGAUAGUGCGAAUAUGAACGGAAAUGAUUUGAGAUCUUCAUUAGAUGAGUGUCAACUGAGUCCUCAACAGCAACAUACGAGUGUUAUUAUAACCAAUCCUUCAGUGGAUUUAGCUGUUGGAGGUUCGCCUGCUUCAGGAGGAACUACAGCGAAUGUCAGUCCAGCCCGAAGUCCGCUGGGGGUCGUCCGAGAGGAGUCUCAUUCUGCCGGAGCGUCGUUCGACAUGCUGGAGCCCAGCAACGACCAGCGCACUGAGAACCGCUCCAACUGCGUCUCGCCCGCCAGUUCUAAUGGCGGGGUUUAUUCGAACGAACUAGUGGAAAGUUUUGCACUGAAUUUACACCGAAUUGAAAAAGAUGUGCAAAGGUGCGAUCGGAAUUAUCCAUUCUUCACGGACGACAACUUAGAUAAACUGAGAAACAUUAUGUGCACGUACGUAUGGGAACACCUAGACAUGGGCUACAUGCAGGGCAUGUGCGACCUGGUGGCGCCCUUGCUGGUGAUGAUGCGGGAGGAGGCCGUCGCGCACGCGCUGUUCGCGCGCCUCAUGGAGCGCGCGCGCGACAACUUCCCCUCCGGCCAGGCCAUGGACGCGCACUUCGCUGAUAUGAGGUCGCUGAUACAAAUCCUCGACUGCGAGCUGUACGAGCUGAUGCACGCGCACGGCGACUACACACACUUCUACUUCUGCUACCGCUGGUUCCUGCUGGACUUCAAGCGGGAACUGCUUUACCAGGAUGUGUUCGCCGCCUGGGAGCUGAUAUGGGCGGCGCGUCACGUAGCGUCGGAGCACAUGGUGCUGUUCCUGGCGCUGGCGCUGCUGGAGACCUACCGCGACGUCAUCCUCGCCAACACCAUGGACUUCACCGACAUCAUCAAGUUCUUCAACGAAAUGGCUGAACGUCACGACGCCGCCGCAGUGCUGUCUCUGGCUCGAGACCUUGUACUACAAGUUCAAACUCUAAUUGAGAAUAAAUAAGAGUCAAAUUAGGUUUACCCCUAUUUUAAUAAAUCACUGACGAAAAUAGGACGUAUACUAUCGGUAACUAGCACGAUUUGAUCAAACUUGGAUAGAUACGUAUUUAGAGGGAAUUGUGUUUCGAUCUACGUAGCAUAUUAAUAUUUAGUACCGGAGAUCGGAACGUUCCGUUUCAACCACACAAAAAAAGCAUUUUUAUUUUCUCACUUGGUAUGAAAUAACGCAUUCAUUAAAUUAUCUGGAGUUCCCCGUGUUACUAAGUAGUACCUAACUACUCCAGUACACGAGUGAUAGUGAAACAUUAAUUUUAUUUCCCAUUUGAUUAUCGGUAUUAUAUCUUUCAAAAUAUAGGUACUAACGCAGUUUUUACGUGAAUCAUACUAACAGCAAAUAAACAAUUGAAAAGUAUUAAAAAAAUCUGUUUUCGUUCAGGAACGGAGUAAAUAUUAGUGGAAAUUCUCCAUACCUAGAUUACUAGCAAAUUGAUGUUAGUAGUUUGAAAUUAGAAAAUUUUAUAGAAGAUUUUUAAAUAAAAGGUUAUCAGAAUGUUCCAUAAUUUGGACAGUAAAUAAAAUUAAAAUAAUAUUCGACUACGGAGGUAAGUAUAGAACAAUUUAUUAAAUCAUUAAAUAUAGUAUCACAUACAUAAUAUUAUUAUAUGUCAGUAAAUAUAAAAAAUAUAUUUAAAAAGGUGUUGGCCACAAAAUAAUCAUAUUGGUUAAAAUAAUUUAUAUUCCAAUGUUGUAAUGUAUGCAACGGUUAAUAAAAAAAAACAAUCAUUACGAAGAAAAAAUAUAUCUAUUUAAACUCCACAUAAAACGUAUCACAAUUCUGAAAUGAAGUACAUUUUUAAAUCAGGACACAAAUAAGAUAAAAGAAAUUAUAAUUUAAAAUUAAUGUUGGAAUAUAAUAAAAAAAAUUUUUUCGAUAGUCGAAAGUUUGAUUUAAAAAAACAUUGAUUUAUACUUAGUUAACUAAAGAUAAACUAUUUAUCAAUAUCAAUAUAGUGUGAUUUGUCCUAAUAUAUAUUUAAAUUUAUUUAUUUAUAUAACUAUACAUGUACGCUUCAUAUCGUCUGAAAUAUCCUGCCCGUGCCUUGUCCUAUCUUUCACAGGUAAAAAUGAUAUCUAUUUGAAGAAUUUAUUGGUAUAAUUACAAUAUUUGUAGUUUUAAAAUCACAUCAAAGUUCAUCAAUUAUAAAAAAAUUAAAAAAAUAUAUCUGUGUAUAUUAUGCACCCAAAAUUCUCUAUUAUUUUAAAAUUGAGGUUUUUUUGAGAUUGUAAUUUAGUUAGAUUGAAAAUAGAACGAAAUACUUAUUACUUAUACUUUUUCAAAACAAUAAUACGUGCAUAAUGAUCAUUAUUCAUAUCACAAGUAAAGCAGUUGCCCUCUAUGUUUGCUGUGCCCUUGCAGGCUUGGAAAGCGGCAACUGUAUGGAUAUUCUUGAUGAUUUUCAAAGCCAACUAUCGAUAGUAUCGAUUUUUCGUCAACAAUAUUAGCAAUAUAUGUACCUACUCUUAUAUGUAUGUUGCUACCUACUUAAAUAAGAUGUUUAUCAAUGACGUAAAUACCAACAAUUUAGAUGGCGGUA